AUGCAUCCAGACAAAGAAUUCAUGGAAGAUGAAUAUCAUGAAAAUGGGGAUGAAAAUGAAUGGUAUACCGCUGCCCCCAGUGAUGAACAAGAACUUGACGAAGCUUCUUUGGCUUAUUUGGAUUCGAUUAUUGAUCGACCGGUGCCGGACCAACAAGAAUUAUCUCAAAAUCAAAAUGAAUAUGACCAAGAAAUGUUUGAAGAUGCCAACGAAGAAUAG